GGGCUCGCCUCUCCACCUCCUACGAAUCGAUACCGAUUGAUAUUCAUUCACGGUGGGCACCCGUCGUCUGCUAGUUUAGUUGCAAGCAGUGGCCGCGGCGACCUACCUCACCGUGUCACUUCUUCACGGCGGCGGGAGGCGAGCAUGCAGGCGGUGGCGGGCAUCCGGCGGGGGCUGACCAUAGACCCGGCAGGGGAGGAGGAGGCGCCGGCGCAGCGGUUCGGGCGGCUGGUCAGGGAGAGCCCCGUGGUCAUCUUCGCGCGCCGCGGCUGCUACAUGGCGCACGUGAUGAAGAGCCUCCUCGCGGCCGUCGGCGCGCACGCCACCGUCAUCGAGCUGGAGGGCCCCGCCGAGGAGCGCGCGGCGGUGGAGGCCGGCGGCCACGCGGCCGUGCCGGCGCUCUUCGUCGGGGGCGCUCCGGUGGGCGGCCUGGAGGGCCUCAUGGGGCUCCACCUCAGCGGCCUCCUCGUCCCACGCCUCCGAGAGGUCGGAGCCCUCCGCGCCUAGCUAGCAGCUGCUGGAUCCUCUCCUCCCCAUCUCCGGCGACUCUCUUGCACGUGUGCGUGCACGCUUCGUCUUCGUCUUCGUCUCCGUGUAUGUACAUAUGGAAACCAUGAGCUUUGUAAUUUCAAGACUAUCAAGGGUGUGGAGUGAGAAACAACAGGAUAAAUAAGCUGUACCGCACGGGUGGGAAAGACAACGAGAUGAACUCUAGCGGGGGUGUUGUGACAAAAAAGGUUGGACCUAAAUGUGAUUAUUACCUUACUUAGGACUACUCCAGCUGUGUUGAGUUUCGCAGACAUCAUCAGCAACUUAGCUGUUUGAAAAGCCCCUCUUUGCUUGCCCACUUGUUUAAAAUCUUGCUUCUGUUU